AGGUGAAAAGCAAAGAAGAUAUUAAGAAGACUGGGAAGAAAACUGGGAAGAAAAGUAAUGCAAGAACUAUUGGCGAAAAAUAUUGGUGAUUGGCUUUUACGAUUUCUUUUGAAUAUUUGGAGAUUUUUAAUAUAUAUCAUAUGUGUGAUUCUUAAUCUGCAAAGACGUCCAAAUGUGACCCACAGAAGAUGUAUUAUAAUCAUUCGAGAAAUAGAAAAUAUUGAUAAUCUCCAGAAAGCUGUACUCAAAGCAAAAUGGAACUUUUGCUUCUAUACAAUAUUUACAUCAUUUUCUAAAAUUCCAGGAGAAUACGAACCUGAAAGUUUGCCAGAUAAUAGCCUUCUUGUUGCCUUCGUUUUAAGCCAAGGACGCCAUAUAUUUAGGCCAGCUUUUUACCUCCAAGAUAAUGAAGGCCGCAUAUGUAGUCUAAUAUUCUAUCACCAAGAAUCAGAUCCUUAUCCAUAUUUUUCCUGGGACCAACUGAAACCUGGGAAAUAUAUUUGUAUCUUGGAACCUGAGAUUCAUUAUUUUCUUGAUGGGCAAGUUGGUUUUAGAAUUGAUUCUACUGCGGAAGUUAGGGUUUUAUAAAAUGUUGGGCAAAAAGAAAUAAAUCUAUUUCAUCAAG